AUGAGGGGGAAUUCGUCAGGAUCGUCAGAAGACGAUGAUGCUUCUCCUGUUGAGGCCCCUCAUGUCAAUUCCUCUCGUUUCAACACCAAAGACUCCUCCAGGUCGUCCUCGGCGCACCCCGCGAACAAACUCGAUCAUCGUCACAGCGCCGACCGCCCACCCUCGUUCUCGAUAAGCCGACGGUCCAGCAGCAUCAAUUGGCGACUACCAGAGUCGCGUAAUGGGAAUGGAACAUUAGAGAAACGGUCGUCCCCCGAACGCACAUCGCCCUCCUCUCCGCUGGGCCUGAUCAUGACCGCGAAAGGGGAAUUGCGGACAAAAGAGGUGGAAAAAGCGCCAGAGACCGGCAUGCUCGCGCGACGGCCAUCAUGGAAGAGUCCCUGGGCCAUUACGCUCUUUGCGCUCGUCGCAUCGAUUGUCGGCAUCGGGUUUCUGGUCGCCGUCCUUCAUUCUUCCAUAACCCGACAAAUCGACCCGAAAGGGUGUCGCAUGUCUUAUAUGCGACCAUCGUACGCCAAGCUCGACGAGUUCGACACUGAGCACACGCGCCUCGCGAGCAAAUACUCGCUGUAUUUGUAUCGCGAACAAGGAAUUGACCGCGACACGAAGGUCAAGGGAGUCCCCAUCCUGUUCAUACCCGGCAACGCCGGGAGUUACAAGCAAGUUCGACCUAUCGCGGCAGAGGCGGCCAAUUAUUUUCACGAUGUCCUGCAGCACGACGAGUCCGCCCUGAAUGCUGGGACCCGGAGCCUGGACUUCUUCACGGUCGACUUCAACGAGGAUAUUACCGCUUUUCACGGUCAGACACUCCUCGACCAAGCCGAGUACCUGAACGAGGCGGUCCGGUAUAUCCUAUCUCUUUACCUCGACCCGCGGGUCGCUGACCGGGACACGGACCUGCCCGAUCCGACUUCGGUCAUAGUCCUUGGACACUCUAUGGGAGGCAUCGUCGCGCGCACAAUGCUCAUUAUGCCCAACUUUCAGUCGAACUCGAUCAACACCAUCAUCACCAUUGUCCAGACGUACAAGGACAUCAAUGACUACUGGAGGCGUGCCUACUCGCAACAAUGGGCUAACGACAACCCCUUGUGGCAUGUCACGCUGGUGUCCAUCGCGGGCGGUGGACUGGAUACGGUGGUUCCCUCGGACUAUGCGAGCGUCGAGUCUUUGGUUCCGGACACUCAUGGGUUCACCGUGUUCACCUCGACAAUUCCAAACGUGUGGACGAGCAUGGAUCACCAGGCGAUCCUCUGGUGUGAUCAGUUCCGAAAGGUUAUUGCGCAGGCGAUUUACGAUGUGGUGGAUGUUCACCGGGCCACCCAGACGAAGCCUCGAGCUGAACGGAUGAGGGUGUUCAAAAAGUGGUUCCUCACCGGCAUGGAGACAGUUGCGGAGAAGGCGGCGCCACGCUCGGAGCCAACAACCCUGCUGACCGUGGACGAUAAUUCGGACUCGAUCAUUGCCGAAGGGGAGCGCUUAGUUCUGCGGAAUCUAGGUACCGCAGGGACUAUCCGCGCCCAUCUCAUGCCCAUCCCGCCCUCGGGGUCCCCAGGCAUGAAGCGCUUCACCCUCCUGACGGAUGCAAAACUCGACAAGCCAGGAGAACACGGGAAACUCGAGGUUCUCUUCUGCAGCGUUAUCUCGUCACACCCUAGUCAAUCCUGGGCUGGGUUUCCAAGCCAAAUGGAUCUGUCCAAGGGUAACACCGGGUCCACGCGGCUGGCUUGCAGAACUGCUGCGCCUGAUGUCGUGACCCUGCCCGCGUCGACUCGCUCAACGCGUUUCCCCUUUUACGCCGACGGGGAAAGGGAAAUCACCCCGUUCUCUUAUCUUGAGUACGGCGUCGACGACAUUGCCGAGCACCAGUUUGUAGCGGUUGUGGAAAAGACGACUACUCCGACGCCGGGAUUUGUAGUCGCAGAGUUCAGCGACUACACUCAGUCACACCGAACCCGUCACAUUAGUCUCCGAAGCCUUCUCGCGUUCGGUAUGAAGUUUCGCCUCCCCGCUGAGCGGCCGAUGGUGACCGAGGUCAAGGUGCCAUCCUUGCAGUCAAGCUUGCUCGCCUACAAUCUCCGAAUCAGCCACCAAGACUGCGAUGGGAACAACGAGCUUUUCGCUCCCCUGGUCCGACAGUACCUGGCCGAACCAUACGAGUCGAAAUAUUUUGUCAAUGCGCACGAAGCGACAGUCAGUCUCCAUGGCGUUGCUCCUUAUGUCCCACCGCCUCUCACAGGGAAGUUGGACGAAGACGGGCUCAGCUUUCAAUUUUGGACCGACCCAACCUGCAACUCAAGCAUCCAUGUUGAGCUGACCGCCGAUUUCAUGGGCAGCCUCGGCAAGCUCUACAUGCGGUACCGCACCGUGUUUGCCGCGUUUCCCUUGUUUAUCGUGGCUCUUGUCCUCAGGAAACAAUUCCGGGUCUACGACACGACGGGGUUGUUCAUCCCCUUCUUGGAGGGUUUGGAUCUGUGCUUGAGGCAAUCUAUUCCCUUGAUGCUGGCUUCGCUUACACUCCUGACACUCUCCACCGGGAUUAUGGCUCCGGCCAGCAACGCAAGCUUUUGGCACUGGCGGAACGGCACAUCUUCGAUUAUGGACUUCCAACACAACGAUCUUCUGAUUGGGACCGAAGACCCCUUGUUUCUCUUCCUGAUCCCGCUGAUCGCGAUUGUGUGCAUCGGCGUGUGCACCGUGCUCAACUACAUGGCUCUCAUCCUGACGUACUUGCUGGGCGUCGUUGCAAGUCUCAUCACUUUCCACCCCGGAUGGAUCCGGAACGAGGACAGGAAGAAGACAACUCCCGCCGCCUUCUUCUCCCCAUCGCCGCGUCGGCGCAUGAUCACGACUGCAGUUUUGCUACUACUUGUCACCACGAUGGUGCCCUAUCAGUUCGCCUACCUGGUGGCUUGCUUGCGGAUCGCCUCGGAGCUGCGAUCGACGGCGAACUCGAACUUCUACAACUACGCCCACUCAAUCUUCAUGCUGAUGCUCUGGAUUCUCCCCAUCAAUCUUCCGACUUUCGUGGUCUGGGUUCACAACCUGGCGGUUCACUGGCUCACUCCUUUCUCGUCGCAUCACAACGUCCUGUCUGUCAUGCCAUUCAUCGUCCUCGUCGAGACCCUCACCACCGGGAAAAUGAUACCGCGCAUGGGCAGCCGGCUCAAACAUGUCACCAGCCUUUUGCUGUUUUGCAUGGCUGUCUAUGCGGCAGUGUACGGCGUCACAUACGCCUACACCCUUCAUUAUCUCGCCAAUUCCCUUGCCUUCUGGCUAGCAAUUGUCCACUCGACAUCCGACUCCUGGUCUCUUGCGGGAAUCACUCAGCUCUACACCGGGGAAGCCGGGGAUCGGAAACGAGGGAAGGAACCAUGA